AUAUACCUCACUUGCCUGUAUCACCACCAUCUUCAGUUGACCUACCUGUUUUACUCCCAGUUUGAACUGUAAUGGCUUGGUACUUGAAGUUGCAAUCGCAUCCUCGACCGCCUGCUGAACUUCCUCCGAGUCACUCCACUACUCUAUCCACUGGUUCCGUUUCAGCUGAACUUCUGUUUAGUUUCCCACCAUUGCGUCAACAAGGUAUCUUACUAGGACUAUGUCUUACAAUCCCUUCGGCAAACCGAGAAAAUUCCAGAAGAAAGUGAGAAUGACCAACCGCCUCCCCCCUUCCCCCGAGUUCGGUGAUCUCAACAUCAGAACUAUAGCCAACAAUGAACACGGUUACCUAACACAUACCUGUCCAUGAGCGGAAAAUUGGAGGCCCAACGACGUCGUAAAAAGCGGCGUUGUGUAGGGCAUGGCUCAAAAAGCAAAGAGAAGCUCGGUCUCAGUCUCUAAGAUGCUGGGGUUGAUGAGGAUGGUGGUUGCACAGAUCACGAGUGAUAAUCACGAAAGGAGCGACACUUUCAUUCAUUCUUUUCAUCAAGGCAUAUGGCAUCGCUACAGUCACCAUAAGUUCCCUGCCAGAGCACCUUCGAUUCUUCCUAUAUCCUGUUCUCGUAGGGUGUCCUGGUUACCACCUCAUAAUGGUUGAUGAUCGUUGCAACCCCUCAGGCAAACAAGCUUCGAUCCUCCUUUCACACUUUUCCUUUACCAAAUAUCACAUUCACUUCGCCGCUGAUGAAGGGAUCGACAUUUUCAUGGAGAUUUGGAAAGCUGGAGCCGAAUACUGUGACUGACGCAUCGCCGAUAAAUAUCUCAAAUAUUCUGACUUAAGCAGCUUACCAACUACACCGAUCAAUCAAAUCUCUAUGUCGUCCUCUGAAGAACCUUUGACAAAAGGCAAAGAGAGAGAGAACCCAAGACCUUUCAAUGUCACCAACUUAUCAGGCCCUGCCCGACUCCCCACCACUGGCAGUACUGAUCCUUCACAUGUUGCUUAUUCUCACAGGAAUUUGCGGGAUGCGCUGACUGGGGGACCUGCGGACCCUUCCAUGAUCACAGACUUGUCUUCUGAUGUUAACAAGUACCACUCUAUUUUGAAUAGCGAUGCGGUCAAACGUACUUCUUUGCCUGUGAGUGGUGCUCAAAGACACCACUUCUUCAUCCUUCCUGGUAUUACGGAUGAAGGUCAGUUUGCGUAUGGUACGUUGCUUGCGUUGCGAGAGAUGUCAAAAUACAAACAAUCUUCUUUGGAUUCAUGGAAAGAGAGUGAAUGGUGCAAACCGCCAGAAGUUGAGACUUGGUGGGAUGAGGAGGUGAAGAAGGGCACGGAGUGGUAUAAGGAGUAUUGUAAGGUUACUGGUUUUGACCCAACUGACCCCUCAAAUAAGCAACGAGCCCUCAGCGAAUGGUCUUCCACCAUUUCCAGCCGUCUUCGUCAGAAACUCAAAUCCGAGCAUAGAUUCCAACAAUCCUGUAACUUUCCGACACUGAGUGUCAUCACCGAGAAAGACAUUGAUGUCGCACUGAAAUUUGGCUCUUACUCUGAAGCUGAAAAUGAUAGACGAAUCGAUAUUAAUCCUCAGGCGAUGAUGCAUGACUGGAGUAUCCUUCGUCUAGAGAGAGAGAACAAUCCGAAUGUUUGGAGAAGUCCACUACCGCCUAUAGGUUCACACGCUAGGGUCUUGGUUCACUCAAAUUACUCUUAUUCCGGCUUGCCCGAGGUCGUUACAAAGCUGGCUCUUCCCUCCACUUCCGAAGAUUUAUGCAAGACAUCACCUGAAAUUUACGCCAUGUUUGACCCGGAGAAUAGAGAUGAUGAACAGUCACUUCAAGGGGUCAUUGAUCGAGCUACAGCGGCGUUCUCUGAGUUUGAUAGAGACAUAGGAAGAUCAAAGCAGAUCAAAGAUGGCAUCUGUGGCGGGACGUGGCAAAACUGGGAGCAGUACACACUUGAUCCUCAGAAAAAAGCCCAAUGUCUUUCUGCAUAUACCAGCGCGUACCUACAAAAUGAGUUCAACCAACGCACUCGAGAUACGAAUCUUGGCGGAAGUAGUCAACAGCCCUAUUUGACCCCUCAAGUCCUUCCGGUGCAUGGUUAUGAUGAUUACAUAUGGAAUACGUCGCUCGAGACUGGCACUUUCGACCCAUCUUUCUCUGGCAACUCAGGGAUAAUCGCAGAUUUAGUCGCAGAAGAUGUUCUCCUUCGCGCUAGGACGAUUAUCAAUGGUGUUACUUCCCAGGCAACUCCCGAGGGCGCGCCUCCGCCUUAUGAAUAUUCAGAGAUAUCACCGGUUAGAUGUGAAGCUGGAUCCUCUAACCUGGCGGCGUCGACCCAGAUUCCGGAAAGAGGGAAAAGUACGAAGAAUGACAUGCUUCCUUCCCAAAGCGAAGAGACUGUUUCUCUUCCUUUCCGACCCAAUGAUAAUGAUCACACGACAACCACUAGUCUCUCUAACGAGCCAGUUGGCAGGAGGCAGCGCUGGUCCUCUAUUAUGGCGAGAAAGCUAUUGUGUGGGAGCAGCCAAAACGGUGAUAUAUCUGAUUGAUGAUGAUAGCCGAGAGUUAGGCUGUAUGCAUGAGAAAAAUAACGAGAGAGAUAAGUACUUACUGCGGGCGUAAGCGUCCAAUAUUAUCGAGCGCGGCAUUGAUAGCCUUAAAUAAGUAGAUCAGGAAAAAUGGCAUAAUAAAGACCUCAAAGCACCCUCAUACAGCAGUAUCUUCGUUCCAGCUAUGGGCGUUCAUCCAUCGCACUUGUCACUUGGCGUCUUUAUUUGUCUCUUGGUCGGUGUUGUAUCAUUUGCCCCAUGAGAAUCGUCCUUUCCAAGCGAAAAAAGACCAUCAGCUGACCUCUAUGGACAUCCCAUGGCUUUUGAUGGCCUGCGCAAAGGCAAGAGGCUUUACGAUCUACGUCACAUGGGAAACCGUCGACAGCCUUUGUGGAUGUUCAUUACUCUAAUGGAAGGAACGUCAUCUCCGACGUCCUCCCAUCUUAUCCCAGCUCGUGCACGAUUACAAUCUGAUUCGUUUGGUCGGGAAUUGAAGGAGUACACGUCUGUCGAGCGUCUGCGGAAUGGUUGAUGUAUCACGCAGAUCGAGCAUCGAGAUUUAGCACCUAUUAGAAUCCGUCGGUCAUUUGUUUUUUGAUGUCCCCGAUGUACUUGUAGGGUACAGUUGAGUAGAGCGUACCACCCCUUUCAGGAUAAGCCUG